UAACUGAAAUUUAUAAUGUCAACCAAAACGAAUACUAUAGAGCGCCAUGGAAACGGUAGCGCUAAAUCAUCCACACUGAAAGAAAUAUGCGCGCGCGCCAUCACAAAAUCCGAAUGGGAGGACAAGGAGGAAUUCCUAGAUGUCAUCUAUUGGUCGCGACAGGUGUUCGGCAUUAUCCUUGGUGUCAUCUGGGGCAUUGUGCCGCUCAAAGGCUUCCUGGGUCUUGUGCUUUUCGCCGGCAUCAGCUGUGGCAUUGUCUACCUGUACGCCAUCAACUUUCAGAACGUGGACGAGGAAGCGUACGGCGGUGUUUGGGAAUUGGUGAAGGAGGGAUUCAUGACAUCGUUUGCCGGAUUCUUGGUGACGUGGAUCAUUUUCUACACGGGACUGCACUACGACUCGAUAAUGGCAGCAAAGUCCUCAUAAUGCAUUUCCCAGACACUCGUCGCCGCACUAGAGCAGUAACCAAUUCCAGAGUCCUAUAUCAAUACAACUAUUCCCGCAGAUCCACUUGUGAAGCCAAAAUAAGCUAAA